AUGUACUAUAAAAGACGCGGCGAGCCGACGUGGUUUGUGCACAAGUUAUGACCCGACUACUCUCUUUUCUAUUUCUAUUUGUGGGCACUUCGACAGUCUCUGCUGGCUGGAAAGACGUCUUCAGGCCGAAACCACUUCACGAUGUGGCGGCAAAGUGUCUGAAUGACACGAAUACAUGGCUCAACUCGCUUGAGCUGUUUGCCGUGGUUUCUGAGGAGUGUAUUGCAACUAAAAACUGCAGUCUCAAAGAGUUGAAGACUUUGAAGGACAACCUCUGGUCCAUCGAACGUGAGUUACGAGACUAGAACAGUUUUCAUGAACAAUUCCAGAGCUGGACUCGUUCGGAAGGUUGCCAGUUCCCGGGAUGCUCGAACUCACCACUCUCUACGACGGUUCUUACCAAGAAUGCCAACGUGUCAGCGAGCACCAUGAGACCAACUACUGCUACGUCGUUUUGAAGCCGGGGAAGAACGCCUCCUGCUCUUCUUCUUCUUCGUCCGCUUCGACAGUCUCUGCUCUUCCCUUGAGACUGGCCGUCUGCCUUCCGAACUCUUGCAGUCACAAGGAUAUGAUGAACAUCUUCAACCAGAUGUCUCCGUAUCCGUUCACAGCCUGCAGUGUUUAUUGCGCAAAGUUCGAUGUCAAAAAAGAUACGCCGUUCUGGGGAUUCUCGUGAGUUGUGAAUCUUUAAGAGUCAAUGAAAAAUCAAACUUCGCAGAAUCUUCAUGGUGGUGAUUGUUUCGAUUGCGCUCCUCGCCUCAACUGUCGAUUAUGUCAGAGAAACAGUGUAUGGAAUCAAGAGCAGCACGGAGAGGAACAUCCUCUUCAAACUUCUACUCACAUUUUCAUUCUGGACAAACGCAGAGCUGAUCCUUUCCGUCAAAGAGCAGAAGCCAGGAUUCAUCAAGUCGCUCGACUGCAUUCGUUUCUUCUCCAUGUUCUGGGUGGUCACCGGCCACUCCUUCAUCUACCUCUUUCUCUCUGACACUCUCUCUCCGGUCAUCAACUUCCCCAAACGCUUCUGGAAUCAUCUCCUCCUCAACGCCUUCGUGUCCGUCGAUACGUUCUUCGUGCUCUCCGGAAUCGUCGUCGCCUACUUGUUCUUUAAAAUGAAGCCAAACACGCGGACGAUUGUGAAUCCGAUCACCUGGAUUCUCUUCUACGUGCACAGAUACCUUCGCUUGACGCCUCCGAUCAUGAUCUUCAUCGGAUUCUUCACAGUCUACGGCGCCUACGUCCAAGGAGCCUUUUCUGCGUCGCAAAUGAGUGGGUCACACUCUUCACAACCAUCUGCAAUACAGAAAAGUUUCAGAUCAGCUUGUGUUUGAAGCGAAUAGUUGUAAAACUAGUUGGUGGGAGAACCUAAUCUACAUCAACAACUUUGGGGAUAACCAGAACAGUUGCUACGCUCCCACGUGGUACCUGGCGGUGGACACGCAACUCUACCUCCUCGCGCCCGUCAUCCUCAUCGGUCUCUACUUUUCGUUCGCCGUCGGAACUGGACUGAUCGUGGCCGCGUGCAUCGGAAGCAUCAUCACCACCUACAUUCUGUUCGACAUCUACGACAUCAGCGUGGACAUGAUCGGAAACGGAGACACUAUGAACUGGUUCUCAAUGAUCUACUCGAAGCCGUGGAUCAGAUGUCCGCCGUACCUGGUCGGUAUGCUCACUGGAUACCUCCUCGCCACCUACGGAAACAGAAAGAUCCGACUUAACUGGGCACUCUGCGUCGCCGGAUGGAUCAUCGCCUUCGUGAUCGCCGCGUUCUGUCUCUUCUCGACCUAUGACUACGAUAAGGGAUCGCACUGGAGCACGUUCACCCGCGGAACCUUCUACAACUUCCACCGUCUCGGAUGGGCGGUGUUCAUUGUGUGGGUGGUGUCUGCGAAUCACAUGGGAUGGGGAGGACCCAUCAACAGCUUCAUGUCGCACCCGAUCUGGCAGCCGUUCGGAAGACUCUCCUACUGUGCCUACAUAGUUCACUGGCUCAUUCUUUUCUACUAUCUCAACGUGGGCGGACAUCCACUUCACUACUAUUCUGCUUGGGAAACUGUGAGUCAUCUCGAGAUUUCACAGCAAAACUUAACUUUACUUACCCGUUUCAGUUCACAUACAUCUCGGUGCCAGCCACGUUCUUCUCCUUCAUAUUCGCAUUCUUCUGGAGUUGUCUCUUCGAAGUGCCUACUUUGAAGUGAGUCCCUAGAAGCUAAAGAUUUCUCACAAUCCAGCUCAUUUCAGACUCGAGAAGAUGUUGAUCGAAGCAUUGAUCGGAGGCGGAAGGGCUUCUGGAAAGCUGGAGGAUUCGGCGGAGAAAGGAAAAGUGUCGCCGAUUCUGGAGAAGAAAAGAGAGGAAGCGGGCUCUUGGAAAAUGAACGACGAUCAAGUGAUUGAGGAAAACGGAAGUAUUACAAAGGUCUAG